AUGUCCGAGCGGCCAGACGAAAAGAUGGGAGCGCCCAAGCCCGGCGAGCCUCUCGGGGCCAGCGAGAUCGAAAAUGCCGCCAGCGGAGAGUACGACAUCAAGGAUCUGGCCAUGGCCAAGCAGGCUGCCGAAGAGGAGCACAAUAUUGGUUUCAGGGAGGCCAUGCGUCGGUACCCACAAGCCGCCAUGUGGUCCGUCCUGGUGUCGGCGUCCAUCAUCAUGGAGGGCUACGACAUUGUGCUCAUCUCGUCCUUCUUCGCCCAGCCGUCGUUUCGAAGACACUACGGUGAGUAUCUGGCGAGGACCGACACGUUCGAGAUCACUGCGUCGUGGCAAAACGGGCUCAGCAACGCGGUGAGCGUCGGCACCAUCAUCGGCGCCUUUGCGAACGGCUACUUCACCCACCUGUUUGGCUACCGCAAGGUCCUCCUGGCUUCUCUGCUGUCCAUCUGCGCCUUUAUUUUCAUUUCGUUUUUCUCGCCCAACCUGCCCGUCUUGCUCGUAGGGCAGUUCCUCUGCGGUAUCCCGUGGGGGGUGUUCGCGACGACGGCCCCCGCGUACGCAUCCGAGGUGUGUCCCAUGGCGCUGCGGGGGUACCUCACCGUGUUUGUCAACCUCUGCUGGGCCCUCGGCCAGCUGAUCUCGGCCGGGGUGCAGGCUGGCUUCGCCGAAAACAACACGCAGUGGUCCUACCGGAUCCCGUUCGCCAUCCAGUGGGCCUGGCCCGUGCCUCUGUUUGUUGUGAUUUGGUUCGCGCCGGAGUCGCCCUGGCACUACGUCAGGCUCGGCGACUACAAGCAGGCUGAAAACUCGGUGGUUCGGCUGGGGUCGGCAUCGAGCGGCACUCGUGCCAAGGAGCGGGUCGCCAUGAUGAUUCACACCAAUGAGAUAGAAACCGAGAUGGACGAGGGCACGUCGUACCUCGAUUGUUUCCGCGGCGUCGAUCUACGCAGGACCGAGAUUGCCUGCCUGGCCUUUGCCGCGCAGCCCUUUUGCGGGUCGGCGAUGGGCGGCACCCCGACGUACUUUUUUGUCCAGGCCGGGUUGCCGAACUCGAUUUCGUUCCAGAUGGCCGUCGGCGGGCUGGGCAUCGCAUCCGUCGGGACCAUCCUCUCCUGGUUCCUCCUCCACCGCUUUGGCCGCCGCGCUCUGUACAUGUGGGGCCUCGGCGUCUUGGCCAUCAUACUCGUGUCGGUGGGGUCCGUCAGCGCUGGGGCGCCCGAGUCCGAGUCGGCAAACUACGCGCAGGCCGGGUUGAUGCUGGGCUGGCUUGGGGUCUACUACCUCACCGUCGGACCGAUCUGCUACGCCAUCAUUUCCGAGGUGUCGUCAACCCGGCUGCGGAACAAGAGCGUGUGCCUGAGCCGCAUCGCAUACUACGUGGCGCAGAUCAUCUGCAACGUCAUCAACCCGUACAUGCUUAAUCCUACGGCCGGGGACUGGAGGGGCAAAACGGGCUUCUUCUGGGGAGGUUGCGCCUUUGCCUUUUUUGUGUGGACGUACUUUCGGCUGCCAGAGACCAAGGGCAAGACGUUUGAGGAGUUGGAUAUACUUUUUGCUAGGGGAGUCCCGGCGUCCAAGUUUGCGUCGUACAGAGUGGAUGCCUAUGCUGAUGGACACCAAGUUUUGAAGGAGGGUUGA